AUGGCAAUUCCGGAGCAAUCUACAUCGUGUGAGGAGACAGUUCAGGUGGCAUCUACAGGCGAGAUCGAGAGUAACUACGAUGAGAUUGUCGAGUGUUUUGAGGCACUAAACCUGGAUGGCAACUUACUACGUGGAAUAUUUGCAUAUGGUUUUGAGAAACCAUCUGCAAUUCAACAACGUGGUGUAAAACCUAUUUUGGAUGGUUAUGACACAAUUGGUCAAGCUCAGUCAGGUACAGGGAAGACAGCUACAUUCGUAAUUGCAGCUCUUCAAAAAAUUGAUUACUCUUUAAAUGCUUGCCAAGUCUUACUAUUAGCACCUACUAGAGAACUCGCACAACAAAUUCAGAAGGUUGCCUUAGCUUUGGGUGAUUAUUGUGACUUAAGAUGUCAUGCCUGUGUAGGAGGUACAUCUGUACGUGAUGAUAUGAAUAAACUGAAGAAUGGUGUUCAUAUGGUUGUUGGGACACCAGGACGUGUAUUUGAUAUGUUAGAUAAAGGCUAUCUUAGAGUUGAUCAUCUAAAACUAUUCAUACUAGAUGAGGCAGAUGAGAUGCUUAGUAGAGGAUUCAAACUCCAGAUCCACGAUAUUUUCAAGAAACUUCCACAAGAUGUACAGGUUGCAUUAUUUUCAGCCACAAUGCCAAAUGAAAUACUACAUUUAACAACUCAGUUUAUGAGAGAUCCUAAACGUAUUUUGGUUAAACAAGAGGAGCUAACACUAGAAGGUAUUCGACAAUACUAUGUAGCUGUAGAAAAGGAUGAGUGGAAAUUAGCUACACUGGUUGAUUUAUAUGAAACUUUAACUAUUGUACAGGCAAUAAUCUACUGUAACACAAGGAUACGUGUAGAUCGUCUAACUAAACAGAUGACAGACCGUGACUUCACUUGUUCUUGUAUGCAUGGUGAUAUGGAUCAAAAGGAUCGUGAAGUCAUCAUGAGACAAUUUAGAUCUGGUUCAUCUCGUGUACUCAUUACGACGGAUUUGUUGGCUAGAGGUAUUGAUGUACAGCAAGUCUCUCUUGUUAUUAAUUACGACCUUCCUGUUUCGGCCGAAACUUAUAUUCAUCGAAUUGGUCGCUCAGGUCGCUUUGGAAGAAAAGGUGUUGCUGUCAACUUUGUUACAGUUGAUGAUAUUGAGCACUUACGGGAUAUCGAGAGACAUUAUAAUACACAAAUUGAAGAAAUGCCGAUGUACAUUGCUGAUUUGCUUUAA